AUGCUCACAGCCGUCUGUGGUUCUCUUGGCAACCAGUGCUCAGAGACACCUUGUUCCUCUCCAACCCACUUGGAGCUGCAGCCUCUGCAGACCUAUCAACCUCACACCAGCCCAGAGAGUGGGGGAGAUUUCCCAUCCCCUCUACAGCCCACAGAACUCCAGCACUUGCCUUUAGCUGCACCUGACACGGAGUACUCGGGUAACAGUGGUUACGAACUGCAUGGGUCUUCAAGGGUAGACCUGGACAGCGAAAGCCAGCUGCCACCCGGGACAUACUCUAAGCUUUUACAAGCAACGCCAGAUAUGUCUCAGCAUUAUGAACCUUGGUUUAGGCCUACACAUUCAGGCAAUGCCACUGACGACAGUAAUGUCAAUCCAUGGUGGGAUCUCCAUGCUGGAUCUAGCUGGAUGGAUCUUCAGAGUGGUCUCCAACCGCCAGGCCAUACAAGUGGGCUUCAGCCAGCAUUGGGUGGCUAUGGUUCUGCAGAACAUCAACUCUGUGGCCCACCUCACCAUCUGCUGCCUUCAGCACCACACCUCAUGAGCCAGGAAGUUAUCAAAUCCCUGGAUUCUACUCAAGAGCCUCACCCUAUGGAGCAAGCUGGGGAUGUCAGUGGAAGGCCAAAGAGUUCAAGGCGUUCAGUGACCCGGAGCUCUGGCCAAGCUGCUUGUCGGUGUCCCAACUGUCAAGAAGCUGAAAGGGUGGGCCAGUGCCCUGACAAUUCCAAGAAAAAGCAUCUUCACAACUGUCAUAUUCCUGGUUGUGGCAAGGCAUAUGCCAAGACAUCCCAUCUGAAGGCCCACUUGAGGUGGCACAGUGGUGACCGUCCCUUUGUCUGCAAUUGGUUGUUCUGUGGAAAGCGCUUCACCCGCUCGGAUGAAUUGCAGAGGCACCUUCAGACCCACACAGGAACCAAAAAAUUCACCUGCCCUGUUUGCAACCGAGUCUUCAUGAGAAGUGACCAUCUAAGCAAGCACAUGAAGACACACGAUGGUGCCAAGGAAGAAGCAGAAGGAGAAGCUAAAACUGGGACAGAGCUUCCUGCCAAAAUCAAACGGGAACCUGAGGGAAGCUCUUCAAGUGCUACUUCACAGUCUAAUUGAG